GGCACCGUGCGCGGCGGCGGCGCCAUCGACAAGGCGACGGCGAAGGAGCCCUACCUCUUCGUCUGCGGGAGCUCCGAGGUCGUCAAGGGCCUGUCCCUCGGCAUCAAGGGCAUGCGCGCCGGCGGCAAGCGGACCAUCACCGUGCCGUGGAAGUUCGGCUACGGCGCCAAGGGCAGCCUGCCCAGUGUCCCGCCCAAGGCCGACCUGCGCUUCGACGUGGAGCUGCUGGAGGUC